CGCACAACCACCGACGAGUCGGCUUCAACUCCAGAAGCUGCGCACCAUCGAUUUCCAAGUAGCCGCAGUAGCCAAGGCAUCGACAGGAUCUGCUGCGGCAGGUGUCCUAUCCUCUUCCCUGUCCACCCCAUCCCGAAUCUCGCGUCUCCGGUAAACAAUGGCCGAGUCAACGAGCCCCCAAAAUUACCGUUUACCCGUGGACGUCAUCCCCAAACAUUAUGAUCUCACAGUGUGGACGGAUUUGGUGCAGAAGAAGUUCGAGGGUGUGGUUCAUAUCACUGUCGAUGUCAAGAAGCAGACCAGCAAAAUCACUCUGAAUGUGUUGGAUCUGGAGCUAGGCGAUGUGUCUAUCCAUGGGGUGUUCUCUGGCACUCAAGCGGAGCGGAAAGCCGUGGAGAUGCAAUUCGAUCGCACUGCUCAGCGAGCGAUCUUCACCUUCCCAAAGUCUCUUGAUGCAGGCACCGAUGCGCGUCUCACGGUCGAGUUCAGCGCAGAGCUGUCGAGAAAGAUGAGCGGCUAUUACCUUUCAAUGGGCGGUAAGGAUGGGAAAACGUCGUAUUCCCUGACCCAGUUUCAGCCAACCGCGGCAAGGAAAGCAUUCCCAUGCUGGGAUGAGCCCGCGUUGAAGGCCACAUUCGCGAUAACCAUGGCAUCCCAUGUGGACUCAGGCGUGAACAUCAGCAAUAUGCCUUCUAUCUCCGAACAAGUGUACACACCGGGAGUGGCGAGUUCGUGGCUAGCGAAGAAACUGGACGUAACGAAGAAUAUCACUGACUGGAAGAUCACACGCUUCGAGACCACUCCCCCCGUCUCAACGUACUUGGUCGCAUAUGCGAACGGGCCCUUCGCACACCUCGAAAGCCACUACACGAGCCCCAUCAGCGGGCUCACACGUCCUCUACGAAUCUAUGCUACCGAGGAUAACAUCGCUCAGGGACAGUACGCUCUUGACAUCAUGCGCGGAGUCAUGCCACUAUACGAAGAAGUCUUCGAUCUGGAAUACCCAUUGCCAAAGUUGGAUAUCCUGGUGUCCAGCGACUUUGAUCUGGGCGGCAUGGAAAAUUGGGGUCUUAUCAUAGGCAAGACGCAAUAUUUCCUACUGGACUCUGACUCCAGUAGCCUGCAAGUCAAGCAAUACGUUGCCUCCAUGGUCAGCCACGAGAUCGCGCACAUGUGGUUUGGCGACAUCACCACGAUGGAGUGGUGGGAUAAUCUGUACCUCAAUGAAGGCUUCGCCACCCUUAUGGGAGAGAAGAUCGUACUCGACAGACUUUUCCCCGAAUGGCAGCUCGAUGCUCGCUUCUUGGGUUCCAAGUUCUAUUCUGCUCUGGCCCUCGACGCAAAGCUUUCGUCGCAUCCCAUCGAGGUCGAGUGCCCGGACGCGAACAAGAUUAUCCAGAUAUUUGACGACCUUUCCUACGCCAAAGGUGCUUCCGUGCUUCGCAUGCUUGCAGCCUACGUUGGCGAGAGUCAGUUCCUCAAGGGUGUGUCGAUCUACCUCAAGAAGCACAAAUACAAGAACACUAUCACGAAGGACCUGUGGGAGGGCAUUCAAGCGGCCACUGAUCAGGAUAUACCGAAGUUGAUGGACAACUGGGUCAAGGAGAUGGGCUACCCCGUCGUCAGCGUUGCCGAAAGGGGGGACGGAAUACUCGUUCGACAGGAUCGAUUCCUCGAGACGGGGCCAGUAGACCACAAGAACAACCAGACGAUCUGGACGAUCCCGCUAAAUUUGCUCACUGUAUCUGCUGACGGCUCGCACAGCAUAAGAUCCGACCUCGUCCUCGACGACCGAGAGAUGGUUGUCCCAUUGGACUCCAGCCAACCGUUCAAGCUCAACGCGGGCACUACCGGUUUCUACGUGGUGCAGUACAGCGCAGAAUUGCUGGAAAAGCUUGGGCAGCAGGUAGUGUCGCCAAACCUCCCCUUCUCGACCCAAGACCGGGUCGGGCUCGUCCGCGACGCCUUCUCGCUCGUCAAAGCAGGCUACACGUCCAUCGGCACCGUGCUUGACCUCGUCGAUGCCUUGAGCAAAGCGAGCGAACAUCUGGUCCCAUGGGAUGCGUGCGCAACGGGCUUGUCCUACAUCUCGGCGACGUGGUGGGAGCACCCCAAGAUCAUAGACCAGCUCAACGCGUUCCGCAGGAGCCUGUUCAUCCCAUUCGUCAAGCGGCUGGGCAUCGAUCCUUCCCCCCAGGAGUCCCUACACGAAGAGCAACUCAGGGUCAGGUCUGUAGAGCAGGCCGCCGACGCAGGCGAUGCUUGGGUGGUCGGCGAGCUGAAGGCACGGUUUGCGCACUUCGUCAAGACGGGCGAGGAGUCGAAGAUCCCGAGCGCAUUGCGCAACAUCACCUACCGCAUCGGGGUGCAAGAAGGUGGCAGAGAGGAGUGGACGUUCGUCAAGCGCCUCACGCAAGAGCCCCGCGACCCCGCGCAGGGCCUUGCCGCCAUGGCCGCCAUAGGCCACAGCCGUGACCUGCAGCUCGCCGCGGAGACGUUCCGCUACGCCCUCAAGGAUGUGCGCGAUCAGGAUGCCCUGUACUAUAUCCGCAGCCUGCAGGCGAACGUGACGGCGCGCCGAUUCCUGGCUGACAGUGUCAUGGAACGAUUUGAUGAGCUCGAAAAGCGUUACGCUGGCACCUUCACGUUCAACGGUUGGCUCGAGGCGGCCUUCGGUGCGCUAACGUCGGAAGAAGAUUAUACUAGGAUAUCCGACUUCUUCAAAGACAAGAACACGGCGACGUACGAGCUGCCUCUGCGUCAGACCCUGGACACGAUUCAUUCCCGCGGACAGUGGCUCAGGCGCUCGACAGAAGAACUCGCAGGCUGGUUGGAACGUAGGAAGGCUUGAGCAGUGCGGCGGAAUGAUGCCAACUGAAUGUACUGAACCUGUAUUUGUUGUCAGAUGGAUGGGUUACUGUACAAUAGUGCCAGUUGAGUACUCACGAAUGAGAG